AUGAGCAACACAGCCACUCAAGUACUUAACACUUUUGCAUACUCCGCUCAAGUGACUUCUGUUGUUCUAUUGACAUCGUUUAUCCGCACGAUGACACAAGAGAGCUAUUCCAUCUCACUUUUGAUACUUAUUUCCGAAGCAACAAAAUUUGUCUUGAGUGGAUUGUUCUUACUCUUUGUCAAACACAAAGAUGGGUUGUUUAAAUAUUAUGUGGAGUUGUAUAAGAAUGUGCCCAAGUGCUUAUUUGACGGACUCUUUCUCUUUUUUGAACUCUUUUUGACUCAAUUUGCUUUGACAACAAUACACCCCCUUUUAUUUGUUGCACUCACAAAUUGCUCAUAUGUAUUCUUGGCACUUUCAUCAAUUCGAAUUAGAAACAGAAUCACACUUACUCAGUGGAGAGCUGUUGGUGGAAUUGUUGUUUCGGUAGUAGCUGUAGUCAAUGGUGCGUUCAAUUUCUUACCAUCAAUUGGAAAAUAUGAAAAAAUAGUUGGUGUUAUAUCCGCUCUUCUGGUUGCUGUAAUUCGUACUCUUAAAGACGUUGCUGCGAAAAAUAGUGAAGUCAAAGACAAUGAAGUUCUUGAAAACAAUUUCUUGACACCUAUGAUAACUGUGCCAUGUUCUCUUAUAGCUUUGGUCACUCUUGACCUUGGAACUUUAAAAACAAAUGACGUGGUUUUUGGAUACACAUUAGGAACACUCGCACUAUCAUUGACAUUAUCAACAUUCAUCACUUCCUUCUUAGUUGUUAUUCCAAGUGAGUCAACAAAACUCUUUGAUGUAUUUGCAAUGUUGAGUGUGUUGGGGUGCCAAUUCUUUGUUGUUAAAUACGAAUUCUCAAUUGAGCUCACACUUGGUGUAUUUGCAUUGUGUAUCUCACUUUUGAAUUACAACGACACUAAGGCUAGUUCCAACUAUCAAAACGAAAUACUAACUCUCCCAGAGUGUGCACCAGCCGAAAGGAAUGAAAGAGAAAUCAAUGUGGAAACUGUUGAAACAGAAGUUGUGACAUUGGACGAUUUGGCUUCUCCUGUAUUAAAUAAAUUGGCCAACUUAAAGGAAUUAGAAGAGUGA